GGCUGCAACUGUUCUCACUGUUCCUAAUGGCACAGUAACGUUUGAGUUUGAGCCUGUUAACGGCCAAUAUGUCAACAUUUUUUUACCUGGGAACGAUGAAUACCUUACUCUGUGUGAAGUCGAGGUGUUUGGAGGGAAUCUUGCUCUUGGAGGCAAAGCUGUUCAGUCUUCCACAUACAGUGAUUUAGCAGCUGCUCAAAAUGCUGUCGAUGGCAACAGGCAGUCAAGUUACGCACUCGGCUCAUGCAGCAUGACUAACGGGGACACGAACCCCUGGUGGAGAGUUGACUUGUUGGACGUCUACAGGGUAACCAGGGUUAGCAUCACUAAUCGUGGAGACUGUUGUGAAAAAACUGUCGAGGGUAUCCAGAUCCGUAUCGGCAACAGCCUGGAGAAUAACGGCAACAAUAAUGAGCUGGCUGCAGUUGUUGGGCCCAUCCCACUUGGAAACACCAAAACAUUUGAGUUUAAGCAUGUUACGGGUCGAUACGUCAACCUUAUUGUGCCUGGACGCACUGAAUACCUCACACUGUGUGAAGUUGAGGUAUAUUCAGAUUAAGUGGAACAAGAUGAUGUUACACCACAGUCCACUGAUCUUCUGAAACUAUUGUUUUCAUUUUACUUAUGCACCUUGAUCCUUCCUCCAGGGGAUUUGUAUUUACACCUUAAACACUCCUAUUAUUCUUUAUCUUUGCUUUCUACAUUAAUA